GAAGCGGAGCGCCGCCAGGUGGGCAUCCACUGAUUUUGAUUCACUGUUCCGGACUCAUGACUGAUCUUUUCGACGUAGAAACACACUUAGACUUGCUGAGUACGCGCGGACGAGCUUUCAAGACCUCAAGGAGGCGGCAGCGCGACAUGCUACUCCAGCACACUGCCCACAAAUGAAGCUGCUGCGCUUCGUAGACUUCAGAGCGAACAACAAGGAGGAAGCCACAGCUUGACCCUCACUUUGACUUACGCAACACCUGGCGUUCGACGAACCGGCACGAUGAAAUUUGCUCGAUAUCUAGAUGACAGCGCGGUAGUGGAAUGGAAGAGAGCGUACAUUAAUUACCGAGGGCUGAAGCGGCUGAUCAAACAGGUUGCUGUUCGGCACCAGACCCGCACAAGCCUCGAGCUACAAAAAGCUGCCACUUCCGAGUCCACCGGCUCGGCAUUCGAAGGCUUGCGACGCAGAGCUCUCGGCAAAGGUUCGAGCAGCCACAGAGUCUCGGGAGUCUCAUACGAUGCCAGGAAUACGCUUUCAGAGGAAGAUGAUGGUGCUGCUCGACCCCCUUUACGCGAGCGCGAGCGCAGCGGGCAAGAGCUCCCUCAGGUCAAUCUCGCCACGACCGGAUUAGCCAUCGCUAGCCAGAGCACAGCCAGCGAUGUCAACGCAGCGGACGAAUUCGGACCUGACAGCGAUGAUACUCGCGUAGGUGUGGAGCCAGCCAAAGCUGGCAAGCUCAAGGGAUCGAGGACGGGCCCAUAUGACAAACGUGAUCUUGAGGCCCAAAGGCCGAACACUGCAUCAACCCUGGCCAGUGCUGGUCCCUCACGCAUUGCCGAGGCCUCGCUGAGAACGCCCGAGCCGGCACAUUUCGGCUCGUCUGCUGAAGCACAUCUUGGAGGCGCAUCUACCCGAAAUGCAUCGCAAGACGCCUCCAAGUUGGCUGGGAAUGGAAAGGAGGAGUUAAAAGGCUCUCGCAACAAGAAGGGAGGCAAGAAAUCUGAAAAGCACAGGGUGUCACUUGACCAACUCAUUGCCGACAACUUUGACAACCAAGAGUCUAAGUUUUUCAGUGCGUUGGAGUUUGAGCACACGCGUAUCGUCGAUUUCUUUGAAGCGAGAGAGAACGAAGCGCACAAGAAGUUCGAGCUACUGGCACGGCAAUUGCGUGAACUCGCUGACCAUCGAAGAGAGUACAAGGCGAUGCAUCCGCCCAACCUCUCGGACAAAGUGGCAGACAAAAUUGGAGUGGCCUCGAUCAUUCCAGUUGCUAAACGUCUGACAAGGGGUCUAGACAGCCCACGCUCUUCCUUGCCGCCGGCCGCUGGAACUGCUCUCUCUCCCAACGCCAAGAACGAGGGCAAGGUGGACCACGGCAAGCGGCGAGCAGGUGACGCCGGUGAGUCUCAGGACGAAGGCGACCGAAGACGGUCGCUGGCGUUGCGGCGGCUUCUGGACGCUGGCAAUGACUCGGACGUCUGGAAUGACGAGGAGCUACGAAAACAAAAUCGUGCUGCUGCAAUGUCCCACGAUCCUCAGCGAUACACAGCCGCCCGAAAGAAGCUCAAGGCUGCAGUGCUAGAGUUCUAUCGAGGCCUCGAGCUUCUCAAGAAUUAUCGCGUUGUCAACUCCAUCGGCGUGCGCAAGAUCCUCAAGAAGUUCGAAAAGGCAACAGGAGUACCAGGCAUCAACGACGCGUGGUAUCAUGUCCACGUGUCCCGUAGUGUGCUUGUGACAUCGGACAGCAUCGAAAGGCUGAUUAAAGGCACCGAGGAAAUUUACAGUGCAUACUUUGAACACGGCAACCGCAAGCGAGCUGUCGAGCGACUGCGGGUAAAUGCCGGCACGGGUGGUGAAGAACAUCAUACGCAUCACAUGAGCGCCUCUCGAACAGGCUUUUAUUUGGGGGUAGCAGUCUGUGCUGCCGUCGCAGGUCUCGUGGAAGCAGAGAAGCAGGGUGGUUCGCGAUUCGACAUUCCGCAGUGGGAUCAGCUUUUGCGGGUGUAUGGGGCACUCUUCUUGCCUACGUUAUUUGCGCUUUUAUUUGGGCUCAAUUUAGCAACUUGGCACCGAGCACGGAUAAACACCAGCUUCAUAUUUGAAUUUGACGUCAGGCACGCGAUGGAUCAUCGACAAUGGUUUGAAAUCCCGGCUUUCCUCCUGCUCCUUCUCGCUGUGGCGUUUUGGAUCAGCUUCUUGAAUCCUUUCCCUCGCGCCAUCGCUCCAACGACCUGGCCCCUCGUCUGGCUUGUCAUCGUCGUCCUCGUCCUUCUCAAUCCGUUGCCGAUCAAUCUUCCCCACAGCCGGCAAUGGUUCGUCAGGAGCUUGGUUAGAGUCUUCGCGGCAGGCUUGCUAUUUGGGGUGGAGUUCCGGGACUUCUUCAUCGGCGAUGAGCUCAACUCUCUGGCGUGGCCAAUAUCCAAUCUAUGGGUCAUUGGAUGCGAGUACAACAAGAGCUGGCGGCCACCAACGUGCAAUCCCAAUGGAACUUUUUGGACAGCCGCUCUCUCGUCAUUGCCUGCUCUACUUCGUCUUGGGCAAUGCAUCCGGCGUUUUGAGGAUAGCAAAAGAACAGCAUAUCUUCAUCUGGUGAACGCGGCAAAAUACACAGCGGGGGUCAUUUUCUAUUGGUCUUACCUAAAUUACAGAUAUCACGGCAGCGGCAGGCAGCGCGACCUUAUUUUUUGGUGUUUCUUUGCUACUCUAUACAGCCUGUACGCCGGAUCGUGGGAUCUUCUGAUGGAUUGGUCGGUGUUGCGACCUCGUGCAAAGCACUGGAUGCUUCGUGAUGAAAUCACCUGGCCACCAGCUUUCUACUAUUUUGCCAUCAUCUCCAAUACUUUGCUCCGUUUUAGCUGGACCAUUUAUCUCUUCCCUGGACCGGCAUCCGCAACACUCAAAGUCUUCAUCAUUGCGCUGCUGGAGGCGCUUAGGAGGCUGCAAUGGAACGUGUUCAGAUUGGAGAACGAGCAUCUCGGAAAUGUGGACAUGUACCGCACUACGCGGGAGACACCUUUGCCAUACCGGAUCCCUGCUGCAGACGCAGUCGACGAAGUUGAUGACCUGCCGGCCUCCAAACGAUGGCUCCCGCUUCUCGCACUUCCAGCAAUUCGUAAGCUUCGACGGAAACAAGCCGGAGAGGUAAGCACAGGGGCGGACUCGGAGUCUUCUGACGAGCCCGAGCAGGCUUCACGCCCGCCUCCAGCUAAGGUCUUUUCGGGGAGUCACAAGGCGCAGAAGACAUCUGCGGUCCUUCCCAUCUCUACCGAGCGUCCGCAGGGUCAGCGGUCCGUCGAGGUCGCGCGUUCGGAGCGUCAAAAUCAAGGUGCACCUGUACUCAGCAAAUCGCGUCUGUUGGACAAGCUUCACGAUAAACUCGUCCCAGAUCGAGGCGGAUAUGCAGUUCAGGGGCCGGGCAUCACGGAUCAAGGAGCGGCGCACGGUGCUCAAGCUCGGGACUACCAGCCUAGAGCCGUGGAGGUUGAUGGUGCAAGUCGGCUCAGCACUGAUGAUGGUGAUUCAGACGCUGCACUGGAUGAUAGUGAUCGCUGAUAGGCCAGAGCCCGCCUCUGGACUGAACGCGGCAGGUGCAUCUGCUCAUACUGGCACGGUUUGCAAUGGAUUACAUUGAAAUUUGCGCACACAUACGACGUGACUCAAACGGAACGCGACAUGAGGUGCAAAUACCC